AGAUUUUACGGGGCGAAGAAGCGGCUGUCUUCGUCGGGAUAACGCCUGGAAAUGCUCAGCGCAUCCAAUAUGGCUCCUUCCUGGAAACUCCCACUUGGCUCUGGAAUUCCAUCCCGCGAGCCGCCAGGAGCCGCGUGCGGGCCACGGAGAUACCUGACAAUCAACUUAAGGUACCAGGGAUAUUCCUGCGGUGAGAAUGCACUUAAAUGAUGUUACGGGUAGAGGUAAUGCAGUAAAUCAAUAGCCAUUUUCCACUGUGGAUAUAACAAAUUACACGUGCCUCUGAUAAGUGUUCGGUCAAAUGCAUGUUUUAAGUUUAUGGAUUUUCUUGUUAUAAAGUGCGGUGUUGGGUCAUCUCCCAAUUUGCAUGUACGUCUGUUUAUGAAAUGUUGACAUUUCAGAUUCCGAAACGUAAACUCGCAAAAUCAUACAACGGACAUAAUAUAUAAUAAUAUACUUCUACAAUUAAGGUUAUGUUGUCAUCACAAUUUCCACAAAUAAUUUUAUUAUUAUUAUUGUUAUUGUUGUUGUUGUUAUGCCAAUUUAAAUACUUGCAAUUGCUUGAAAGUCACUAUAGUAAUCAAUUAGUAUAUAUUUGUCUAAAUAUAUACAAUUAUAAUGUAUUGACAUGCAUAGAGUAGUAAUCUACACUGAACAUCCGGUCUUGUUUUAUUGCAUGUGUACUCCCAUUUCUAAUAAAAACAAUGACGUGACAUAUCACCGCCUCGGGAGGUUGCCGAUCAGAAACCCGAACCUCGCCGCGGCUUCUAACCUGCCAGCGAAGGGCGCCUCCCUCCCCACGCUUCCAUGCGCAGAAGUUAUUAUAGGCGCUGCCAGGCGAAACCUCCGCGCAGAAGCGGCAGGUACCGGGAGGACGGAGCGCCGGGGACCGUAAAGUACGUUAGCGCUUCAUGGGGAAGCUUUCAACUACCUGAUCGUUAAGAUUUCUUCGCGGAGGUCUCAAAAAGAUGGCCUUGACUCAAGACGUUAUUACCAAUUUCUUGUUGGAGCGGGGCGGAAACGUGAAGAACUCCGAGUUACUAAUAACAUUUAAAGACCUGCUGAACUGCAGCGAUCCCGAGGAGAAGAAACGGAACCGGGAGCUUUUCAAGAAAUACGUCAACACCGUCGCUGUUGUAAGGGAAAUUGAUGAUGUGAAAUAUGUCGUACUUAAGAAAAAGAACUUUUCUGGCGGAAAACUGGCAGUAACGACGCAGCGGCCUGAUGUGGGAGAUACGUUUGAAAAGCAAACCGGUGUUCGCUCAGCUGGCUCUGAGGUGGAACACAGAGGUCAUGAUCGGAAAGACGGUAAGAUAUUACAUUCACAACUUGAGCACAACACGCUAACCCUUCCGAGUGGCAGGAAUGAGAACCUCAUGAAUGUUAGCUAUACCUCCACCCCGCGGCUCGUAGAUCCUCCGCAAACACGCAGAACAGGGGAGGUUACCUAUGCAAGCAAGUCAGGUUUACCUGUGGUGAGGUCACAGAAACAUGAUGAAUCCCCGAAAGUGGAAGAUCACAAUCUUCUAGGUGAAGUUAGAACCAGAAAGACUGGAUCUGCUUACACUGUGGUAGACGUGAAGCCCCAGACAGACACACUGAGUGCUGAACUACGUGUCAAGGUGGAUGGACCAAGCGCCACGACACCUUGGACUGAAGCACAGAAACCGGGCCCCAAACCCUGUGCAUUACCCCUUCGCAUGCCCCCUCCUGAUAUUAAAGUAGAAUCAGUCGAUUCGGAUGCAGCGAAAAGUAACUCGGCGACAAGUGUCCCGGAACUUUCCAUGGAGAGAUCGCCCAGAUUCAAAAGGAGACAGCAGGGGGGUGGAAGUCUACCUGGGUCACCGCAGGUCAGGAGAACCUGCAAGAGCCCGAAACCGGGUGAUGAGGUCCACUUCCCAGAGAGCAUCCCCCUGGAAGCUGCGGAGCACGAGUGGAUGGUGAGGUGUGCCGCAGGGCACUGGAGUCACGUCCACGGGCUCCUCCUGCAGGAUACACAUCUGGCCAGAAAGAGAGACUUCAUAUCCGGCCUCACAGCCCUGCACUGGGCCGCCAAGAGCGACAAUCAUGAGAUGCUGUCCAAGAUCAUUGAGAUAGCCAAGCGGGGCGGCAUGGAGGUCGACGUCAACGCAAAGACGCACGGCGGGUACACUCCCCUGCACGUGGCGGCCAUCCACGACCGUAGGGCCACCAUGGCCAUGCUGGUGCAGGAAUUUGGCGCCAACGUGCACCUCAGGGACAACAGCGGCAAGAAGCCUUAUCACCACCUGCCCCAGGGGGCGCCGUCUGAGCUGAGGGCGCUGCUCGGGGCACCGCAGGUGCUCUCCAAAGAGGUCUCUCACGAAAAGCUGGACAACUAUGCCUUUCCAGAUCAUCAGAAGGGCUUUAACACGCUGAGUCGCAUUUUCCAGCCUCACGUGGCACAUAAGAAAAAGUACAAGACUCGCCCGAGUUUCUACGCCAUGAGCGGAGUAGCAGAGGAGGAGAACGGAGCCAGGCAGAGACCCUCCUCCGACAUGUUCCACUGAAAACGCAAAAGGCCGCCAGCUGAUUCCUUUUCUGCUGCUUUCUAACGAGAUAUUAUUUUAACCACAGUUAAGGAGGGAAAUUGUGCUGUACAGUUAUUUUAUCGUCUGCCUUGAAGUCUGGAUUGUACUGGAUUUUUUAAUACUGAGGUCAUAGUAGCUACAUUUAUAAAAUGUUAUUAAAGCCUAAAUUUCCUACAUUUUUAUAGCUGGCGAGUUCCAGCAUCCUGUCCUUGUGUUGUGAUAUCUUUGAUAUUUAUGAAAAGUCUUUUACUGUAAAUAUAUAAUAUAAUACAUAAUAAUGAGACCGGCUGAAUUUAAAGAUGUUUUUACAAAAUUUGCAUUUUCUUCCUGGUUUGCUGGGGCAUCAGAGGGGCAUGGAUGCCCUGGCAGAUUUAGGGGGCCCAGCAUUUGCCCAGGGCCCCUGAAUAUGUAAAAUUAUAUGUAAAAUCUGGCAGGGGCCCAUGGUGACAUUUAGUCAGGGGCCCCAAGCCCCUAGGUAUGCCCCCGCUGGUUUAUACCAAAUCGAACUCCUUUGCAGAAACCGAGGUUUGUGUUUGAUGUGACAUUCUGUACACUGUAACUAAGGACAGACAUCCCCCUCCCUGACAUUUCACCCAGGGCCCCUGUGUUCCCUUUCAGGCUGUUCUCACUGCUGAGCUCGGCAUGUAACACGGAGCACACAUAAUCUUCUGCCCCUCCUCUGUGGUUGAGUGCCCCCCCCCCCACCCCACCGAAAUGCAGUGCCCACACUUGUUCAGCCAAGCCUCCUUGUUGAAUGUGUAUUUCUUGGGGUGGGUGGAGUGAGCUGUGCAGUGGAUGAAUCCUUCAUUGUAUUUUAUCCCCCCCCCCCCUGCCAUAUGUUGAUAUAGGGGAAGGCCACGUAUUUGCCAAGCAGAUACGACCACAUUCCUUUACAUGUUCCCAGGAUGCGGGUGCUGUGAUUACAGGUGAGGACUGGAGAAAAACCAGCACCAUCUUAGCCGCUGCCUAACACUUACCAUGAGCAUGAUCCCCACCAGCGGGGCAUCCUGCACACGCGCCAUCUGGUCUGUUUGUGUCAGACCAAAGGCUCAUCCUGCAUAGCUGCUAUUCGGCAAGAGCAGGUUCUGAACACAAUCCCACCCUCUAGUGACACACAAGCACCUCCACCUGGGAGCGUGUUGGGGCUUGUUCCAUCAGACAGAUGGUCUCUGUGAGUCAGAAUCUGGGGCCGGGGGGGGAUGGGGCUGAGUCUUCAGCAGCCUUUGGAGUUUAUGACGUCAACGAUCAUGUGAAACCAGCCUAGGUUUCAUAACUGAAGCUGUCACACCAAUGCAUGCGUGUUUGUGUCUGGUCUGAUGAGGCACACCCAGCGGUACGAGGCCUUACCAGGAAAUACCACACAUAACAUGCAAGGACUCCCCGGCAGCCUGGGUGGGACGGGACAGCUGGUCCUAUCAAAAUGCAGCCAGUGGUUGUGCAGAGGAAACUGUUCAGCUUCAAAGCAAACAGGAAGAUUGCAGUGCAUGUAAAUUAUUUAUGUUUACACAUUUGGUUGGAAAUUACUGUGUUUUUUUUCAUUAAAUUUUCUCUUUUACUUAA